UCAGCGCGCGCCUGAGACGAUCCUCAGAUGCAGCUGUACCCUUGAUCUCAGCAUCCUGGAAGUGGAAAUCACGGAAGAGACUGGUGCUUCAUCACAUACAGGUUUAGUGUGUAGCAGUGCCGGUUCUAAAGCAGGACAGUUUGGGGAAGAGGCGGUGCAGCAGCGCACCUGUCCGGCAGUGGCUGUGCUGGGUGGCACCGCCGUGGUUGCGCAGAAUGUGGCCCGGCCUCCCCAGCAUGCCCUGCAGCCAGUCACAGCUGCCACUCUACCACCAUCAUCGGUUGAUGUCGCCACUGGAUCGCAGCAGAAAGGAGACUCAAAGGCUGCAUGUAAAGAACAGACCAUCGCUUACGUUCAAAGAAACAGCGGCACCGAGGAAUCAGCGGAGAUAUCAGCUGCCCAAAGAGGACUGGUGUCAGCUACUGCUGAAGACACACAAAACCUUACAGACACAUUGGAGGGUCAGACUCCCCCAGACAGACUUUUUGAGAGAGGGACAGAUUUCCUUUACGGGUGUAACACAGAGCAAGCAAGCCUUGCAUACAGGGAGACCGAUAUGGCGGAAGGAUCCGGCACAGGCCGCUGCCAAGAUUGGAUCCAACCCCCUGGAGAUGCAGGGGGUGUCUCUACCUCUAUUGAGACAGAAAAGGGACCCUUGCCUCCAGAAACAAUCAAAUUGGACUACAAGAACAUGUCUGGAAAGCACGCACCUGAAGAAAGCCCCUGUGUCCCAACAACAAAAGUCAUCCCAGCAGUCUCAAGUGCAGUUAAGACAACACGCAGAGACAUGGAGCAGCCCCAAACAACUGCCCUUUUUCAGACAAAUCAGACUGCCACAUCUUCUGUGUUUGGCAUCCCACAGAAACAAAGUACGACAAAUUCAGCAAAGCAGGAUUGUAAACUUGACUCUAAGGAGGCUAUGGAAGUUGUCACGCAAGAUCUGGCUAAAACAGACAAAGGAGCAGUUAGUCCAAUUAGACAAACCUUGGGAACAAAACAAGGUAAUAGUGGAAAUUCCCUUUGCUCAGGAUAUGCAUCAUUAAAACAAGGAGGGGAGCACAUUACCCUCAUCAGUGGAAAUAGCAUGCCAAAUGACCCUGAUAAGGGCAGCUGUUAUCCCCCGGAGGACUGCAGUAAAACACAAAAGGCUUCACAAAGGACAAAAACACCUGGUGUGCCCACCCCGCCGGAGAAUACACAGUGUGUGCAAGAGCUAAGCUCUCCGUAUGUAAGUUUAAGUGAAACCCCCAAAAUGUUUCACUUGGGUAAAGAGACUAGUGCAAAGGAGGGGCAAGGAAACGAGAAAGUCCCUGUAGCUGGUCAUCUGUGUUUUAAUGUGGCUGCUAAAGAAGUAUUUCGCAACAUUUCUGUUGAUGAACCAAAACUGUCAGGGCAUGGGACAUGCACUGACAAUGUACAGGUGAAUGAAAGAUCACAAGUCAUGGUUUGCGGCUCUUCUGAUGUGAUUUUGAAGCAGAAUGACAGUGCCAAUCGAAUAGAAAUAUCCAUGUCUUCAAAUCACCAUCAGGAUGGGAGCGUGCUGCUCACACACACGGAGAACUGUGUGACUUUAGAGGGGCUAGAAUCAGAUCAGCCAAAUCUUUCUGACUGUAUGGUCCAACAUGUACAAGAGUCCCUUCCAGCUGAUCAUAAACUCUCACAGAUUCAGAUAUGCCUGAAUGAUACUGCAGGUGUCAUGAAUGUGGAAGAGAGGCAGGAAGUGAGUGCAGAGGCUCUCAGUGCUGUUGAGGUGAAAGAUUUGAUCGAUGUAGGUAUUUUAAUGCAGCCAGAUAUGGAGGAUACCUGGCUGGUUGUAAGCGAAAUAGAUGGGCAGUCUGAGCAUACAGAGAUGGAGGUCAGCGAGGAGUCUCUGGUGCAGUGCCCUGAAUCCCAGUCAACUGUUGCUGUAUAUGAAUGCACUGUGCCCUGCUUUACAUCAGGUGCCCUUCACGGUGAUGUUAAGCUGCUGUUAACUGACAAAGAAGAGGAGAAACCAAUGGAAACAUUGAUGCAAGACUUGCAAGCCCAGAGUAAUCUAGGGAAUCAGACCUCAUCUUGUCCUGAUGCACUCAAACCCACAGAAGAGUUACUUACCAUGCCCUCUACGCAAAAAGAAGAAUCUAUAAUUGUCAAGCAAAAUGAUGAUUCAAGUCAGACUGAUCUUGCAAACACGUUGACAGGGUUAACAUGCACGGUGAUGGACGUCACACUUGACUCUGUGCGAGAACAGCAAGAAUCUGGUGUGGUGGAAAACACACCAGGUGUGUCAUUAAUUUCAUUGUCUUGUGGCACGAUUGAUCCAAAGCUACUGAUCUUAAAGAAGGCUGACAGCCCUGCCCUUAAGCAACCUUCUUCCCUGUCUGCUAGGAUCUCAACCAAGCAGAACUCACCUGUCCUGGCUGGAUCACCCAGUGAUGGAUUAAAUAAAGCUUCAGAGUGCCUUGCUAAAACUUAUACAGCUGCAUCCUCCACCAUAAAGGAGGAUGCUAUGUUGCCUGCUGACCGCCCUGUCUCAAACACUCUCUCUCAGUUCUCUCGGACUGUUUCCAAUUCUAAUGUACUUUCACAGAACAGCUCUGAGAAAGAAAACUUAAAUAAAUUAAAUAGUUCUGACAAGUUGCUUCAAAACAAAUCCUCUGCUAACACUUCAUCAACUUCAGUACAACUCCAUAACUCACAAAGCCACCUUCCUCCUCCUGCUGGAGAUGUGUGGGGUACUGUAUCCAGUGUUGUCCCAGAGGGGAAUCGGUGUAAACAGUCUUUGGCUGGUACACCAUGCCAGGAUUCAAUGUCUUUGGGGGGUGAUCUGGAGCUGGAGCAGCAACAGUUACCGGAUGAACUUUUGUCAACAACGCAGGAUGCUCAAAACACCAUCCUGGAGCCACUUGACGCUUCUAUAGAAGAGAGCAGCGAUGGAGAGGUUGACAGCUCAAUGGAGGUCCAGAAUGAGGAUAGCAAUGCUACGCCCAGUCCAGCAGCGAACAAGCGUGGGCAGAGCAGGACAGACAAACAAGGCUUGUUAUUGAAGGUUUGCCAGUGGAUUGCAGGCAAGGUUACAGCAGUCUCUACCUCUUCCACCUCCCCUGUUCCAUGUCCAUCUCCCUCAUCUGGUGACUGGAUGCGUUCUCACACAGGCAGGGCCUCACCAGUACGCAACUCUCAUGGCAGAAACAUGCCCUCCACUUCGUCCCAGGGUUAUGUUGGCUGUUCUCAGUCAGAGCAAACAACCACACUGAAAUCCACGCCAAAGCAUACAGAUAUGGCAGAACUGGCAAAACAUGAAGCAGAAAUAGAACAUCGUACCCUUGCACUAAAACGUGAAGGUUUCUGGUCCCUAAAACGUCUGUCUCGUAUAACCGAACCAGUACGGCCCAAAGUGCAUUGGGAUUACCUCUGUGAGGAAAUGCAGUGGCUCUCUGCAGAUUUUGCACAAGAGAGGCGAUGGAAAAGAGGUGUGGCCCGAAAGGUAGUACGGAUGGUGAUGCGCCACCAUGAGGAGCUGAGACAGAAGGAAGAGAGAGCAAAACGAGAGGAGCAGGCCAAACUGAGAAGAGUUGCUUCUUCUAUUGCCAAGGAGGUCCGUUCCUUCUGGAGCAGCGUCGAGAAGGUAGUCCAGUAUAAACAACAGUCCAGACUGGAAGAGAAGCGGAAGAAGGCUCUAGAUCUUCAGCUGGAUUUCAUCGUGGGUCAGACAGAGCGUUACUCGGACAUGUUAAGUCAGUCCCUGCAGGCUGCUCCUGUACACAGUUCAGACACUGCAGCUGUCUCCAAACAAUCACAGCUAAAUACUGUUGAUGAAGAUGAUAGAGACUUUGAGCCACCUUGUGAGGAGGAUGAUGAUGAAGAGACCAUAGAAGUAGAGGAGCAACAAGAGGGAAAUGAUGCAGAGACACAGAGACGAGAGAUAGAGUUACUAAGGGAGGAGGGCACUCUGCCUCUGGACCAGCUGCUCAGUACUUUAACUUUACCCCAGGACGUUGAAUCAGAAGAAGAAGCCUCAGAUACUACAUCAUCUACGGUUGAAGAGGAAGACAAAGAAUUUAGUGCCAAUGAAGAAGAUGCGGAAGAUGAAGAAGACACAAUUGCGGCCCAGGAAGUUAUUGAAGGAGAUGGAGACCAUGCAGAGGAACUUGAUGACCUUGCUAGAGAGGGGGAAAUGAGCAUGGAAGAUCUCUUAGAAAAGUACAGAGGAGCGUAUGCCUCUGAUGUUGAGGAGCCAUCAGCCUCAGCGUCACCAGACUCCUCAGAAGAAUCAGAGGGAACUGAGGAGGAGGCGGAGGAAGAGACGGAGGGAGAGGACAGUGCUGAUGAUAGUGGCUCCUCCUCAGAUUCCCAAGCGGCUGUAGACAGUGAUGAAAAAAAGGAGGAUGAGGAUGUGCAGGAGAGUGAUGAUGAGGAUGACAAUGAUGGAGGAGAGGGAAUGGAAGUUCUGCUGAGAGAGGGAGACCAUAGUCCUGCUGUACCAACAUCUCCCCGACCUAAGAAAGAAAUUAGCCACAUUGCUGCUACUGCCGAGAGCCUUCAACCUAAGGGAUAUACACUGGCAACAACAAAGGUCAAAACACCAAUUCCAUUCCUGCUUCAUGGUACGUUGCGUGAGUACCAGCACAUUGGACUGGACUGGUUGGUCACCAUGAAUGAGAAAAAACUCAAUGGCAUACUUGCAGAUGAAAUGGGGCUUGGCAAAACCAUCCAGACCAUCGCUUUGUUAGCUCAUCUAGCAUGUGUAAAGGGUAACUGGGGUCCACAUCUGAUCAUUGUGCCCACCAGUGUAAUGCUCAACUGGGAGAUGGAGUUGAAACGUUGGUGCCCAGGAUUCAAAAUCCUCACCUACUAUGGUAGCCAGAAGGAGCGCAAACUCAAGAGACAAGGCUGGACCAAACCCAAUGCUUUCCAUGUCUGCAUCACCUCGUAUAAGCUAGUACUGCAAGAUCAUCAGGCUUUUAGACGUAAGUCUUGGAGGUACCUCAUUUUGGAUGAAGCCCAGAACAUCAAGAACUUUAAGUCCCAGCGCUGGCAAAGCCUGCUCAAUUUCAACAGCCAGAGGCGACUGUUGCUCACUGGUACCCCUCUCCAAAACAGUCUAAUGGAGCUGUGGUCUCUUAUGCACUUCCUUAUGCCGCACGUUUUUCAGUCCCAUCGUGAGUUCAAGGAGUGGUUCUCAAACCCACUCACUGGGAUGAUUGAAGGGAGCCAGGAGUACAACGAGGGCUUGGUCAAACGGCUUCACAAGGUGCUAAGACCCUUUUUGCUUCGAAGAAUCAAAGCAGAUGUGGAGAAACAAAUGCCAAAAAAGUAUGAGCAUGUUGUGCGCUGUCGACUCUCCAAAAGACAGCGUUUCCUCUAUGAUGACUUCAUGGCCCAGGCCUCGACUCGAGAGACUUUAGCCAGCGGUCAUUUCAUGUCUGUGAUCAACAUCCUGAUGCAGCUGCGGAAAGUGUGUAAUCACCCCAACCUGUUUGAUCCAAGGCCCAUACAAUCCCCCUUCAUCACAAAGGCCGUAGUCUAUUCUACUGCUUCACUGGUUCAGCGGGCUCUUGAGACCUCACCUUUUGAGCGCUGUGACUUGUCCUUGUUUGACCUGAUUGGCCUGGAGCAGCGUGUGUCUAGAUACCAGGCAGAUGUUUUCCUGCCUCAGAGGAAAGUGACACAUCAACUUAUUCAGGAGAUCAUGGAGUCCCCUGAUCCUCCUCCCAGACCGAAGCCUGUUCGCAUGAAAGUCAACAGGAUGCUUCAGCCUGUUCCUAAAUCUGAUGGGCGUUCAUCAGCAAACAGCCCUCGUCCUAGCACCACAACGGUUCAGACUCCAAAGCCUCUAAUUACAGAGGUCACCCCUUCCCAAGCUCCCUCCCAGCCAGCACCUCUAGUUUGUCCUGUUACUCCUGUUGCUGCUCCAAGAACUCCAGUGGCUCCUAGCAACGUCCCUUCUGCACCUGCAGUCAGGCCGCCAGCCCCCCAGCCAGUAACUGUACGCCCCUCAGGACUGUCCAGCAUCACAACUGUGUCCACUCCCCCUCAACCACCAAGCAACAUUAUGACUCAGAGGGUCCUUCUCAGCCCAGAUAUGCAGGCUCGUUUGCCAUCCGGUGAAGUUGUGAGUAUCGCUCAGCUGGCCUCCCUGGCUGGCCGACCAGUGUCGUCCUCUCAGGGCAGUAAACCAGUCACCUUCCAGCUACAGGGCAACAAGCUCACACUCUCUGGGACUCCUCUGAACCAGGUUCCUGUUCCUCAGCCACGACCCAUCCAAGGAAAUGUAAUGCAUCUGGUUUCCAGUAGUGGGCAGCACCACCUUAUUAGUCAGCCAGCUCAGGUGACAGUUCUUCACACAGUUAGUCAGUCAGGUAGCAGCUCAGCAAAUCCCCACCCAACCAGCACAAUCCCAACCUGCUCUGGACUAGCAGUACCUUUCACCGCUACUCAAGUCCCAACACCCAUGGUAAGUGGACCUGGAAUUGUAAAGAUUGUUGUACGCCAGGCACCAAGUAAAGAAGGAGGGUCAAUCCCGACUCUGGCUGUGCCUCCUUCUCCUCGUCCUGCUCCUCCUCAAUCGGUCACCCUUCACCCACAUGGUACUUCAAGCCCUGUUCUUAGAGCACCCACUGUUUCACAGCCUCCACAACGGCCUCCGGUUUAUGCUGCUCCACCUCGAACUGUUGCUUCCUCCCAGACUCCACCUACUCGUCCUGUAUUGAGAGUAGUGCAGGGACCACCACCACCAGCCCCAGAACCAACAGUAACAAAGGCAAAAUCAUCAUCAGUACGUGAGGACAGUGGUAAUGAUAUGAUUACAUUGCGCAUGAGCACUCCUAAGCCUGCAUCCUCAUCUCAGAGCAGUGGGUCAACAUCUCAGCGUCCCCGUGUUCAACCGCCACCUCCACCACGUUCCCCCUUCUACAUGUCAUGGCUUGCAGACUGCCGAAAGGCUCAGCGAGACAACCGAAUCUCUCAAAUCAUGCGCAUCAACGAUCUGCACUGCAGUGCUAGCCCUGUGUAUGGCCAUGAGGUGCUGGACUUUCUAACGUUCCUCCCAGGCCCUUGUCCAUCUCCACCACAUCCUGUUAUAAACAACUGGAGCUACUCAGGUUAUAGCUCCUGCCUCACUGCUCAAUCACACCAUACCAGUAGCUUCCUGGAAAAGAGCCACGUCCUGAAGGAAGCCAUCCACCACUCAGAGGAGAGGCUUCAACUUCUCUCUGAGAUCAUAGAAAGGUUCACUUUUGUCAUUCCUCCAGUGGAAGCAAAGCCUAUCACCAUGCACACUUGCCACCCACCUCCCUCCCUCAGACACCAGCAAGGCCAUAUCUCCUCUGUUCUAUCUUCCCAUCUCUCCCCACUUACACAAACGCUCCAUCGCAUCCAGUGUAACAUGAGGACACAUUUCCCUGACUUGAGGCUUAUUCAGUAUGAUUGCGGUAAGCUGCAGACACUCCACCUCCUGCUUAGAAAAUUGAAGGCAGAAGGGCACAGAGUCCUCAUUUUCACUCAGAUGACACGUAUGCUGGAUAUACUUGAGCAGUUCCUCAACUACCAUGGGCACAUUUACCUACGGUUGGAUGGAAGUACACGUGUAGAACAGAGACAGGCUCUGAUGGAGCGCUUCAAUGCAGACUGUCGCAUAUUCUGCUUCAUCCUGUCCACCCGCAGUGGAGGUGUAGGUGUUAAUCUGACUGGGGCAGAUACAGUGGUGUUCUAUGACAGUGAUUGGAAUCCAACCAUGGAUGCCCAAGCUCAGGACCGGUGCCACAGAAUUGGACAGACAAGAGAUGUUCACAUCUAUAGGCUAAUCAGUGAACGCACAGUUGAAGAAAAUAUUUUGAAAAAAGCCAAUCAAAAGAGGAUGUUGGGAGACAUGGCAAUUGAAGGUGGAAACUUUACCACUACCUUUUUCAAGCAGCAAACUAUCAGGGAGUUGUUUGAUAUGUCAGAGGGAGAGAGGAAAGAGGCUGAAUUGAGUGUGCCUCAGUCAGAUGAUGAUGAGUCUGUAAAUAAACAACAAACUACUAUUUUGGAACAGGCCCUGUGUCGUGCUGAGGAUGAAGAGGAUAUAGUGGCUGCAUCUCAAGCCAAGGCUGAGCAGGUGGCUGAGCUUGCAGAGUUUAAUGAAAACAUCCCUCUGGAUGAUGGUGACAGCAGAGACCAGGAAGAGGAGGAGCUCUCCAAGGCGGAGCAGGAAAUCGCUGCUCUAGUUGAACAGGUGCCCACAUCCUUAGCUUCUUCACCACCACCACAAGAGCAGGAUCAGGCCUCCUCUCCAUUACAGAUUAGUCCAGGUAGAGGGCACCACCCUUGUUCCCCAGCACACCAUUCACCAGAUAUGCCUGUCCUACGGAACUUACCAGUACGCCGAAGGCUUGAGACAGAGUCUCGAAUGGCUGCACAAUUAGGAGAGCAAUUUGUAGGACGAGGUAGAGGGGUGGAUCGGAGAUCUGCUUUCUCACCAAAGAAACCAGAAACAAAUUCAGACAAGGAUAGGGCUGCUCCAAGUGACUCUAUGGCAAUGAAGCGCAAGAGGGGCAGGCCACCUAAAACACCCCCACAGGCACUAGAGCUGCGAGAAGAGAAGACACCAGUAACCCAGAAAACCAGUCCUGAGCAGAGUCCCUCUCACUCACCAAAAAGGAAAAGGGGUCGUCCCCGUAAAGAUUCCACCACAACUACAAGCUCAUCCCCAUCUUCUCCUUCUACAUGUGCUCCUUCCUCCCAGGAGCCUAAUUUGUCAAGGUCCAAUGUUAUGCCUGUGACUUUGCCUGCUGUCAGUAAUACUUCACCAAUAAGCUCUCCACUCAACCCCACUUCACCCUCAAAUGCUGCUGAAGUAUCAUCUUCUAAACUAGAUUCUGAAACGAAUCAAAAAACUACAUCUGAUUUACUGUCUUCUAUGCAUAGAGACUCUCAAAAUAUGUCAUCGUCUACAUCAGAACUUGGUGUAGACUCGCAUGGUGAAACUCACACCAAUCUGAACCCCAUAAUUGCAUGGAUUGACUCUGACACCAGUACAUUUGAAACUUCCCCACACAACACUUCACCAGCAACAAUCUCUCAGACAUGUACAGCUUCUUCCCCUACACUACAUCCUCCAAGUCCUCUCAGAGAGCCUCCCACUUGUACUGUCUCCAUCCACGAAGAGGAACUUGCCCAUACACCUGUACUUUUUGAGACCAGUGAAAUCACAGCAUCUUCAGAGCCUUCAAAUGUCUCCGCGGCUGCUGUAGAAACCAAGGAAGUUUCACUCACAGUUAAUCAGCAAAAAGAUAAUUUGCAGUCCUCAAAUACAUUGACUCAAGUCACUUCACAGCCCUUACACAGAACCAGUACAACUGAAGACUCUCCACAAACCUCUAUAGAACACAUGUGCAGUAUAGAUGUAUCUCUUACUCCCACUCAUCAGUCAUCCACCCAACCUUCUCCUUCACCUUCUUUGACUUCUGGGAUUAAGCCAGAAUCAUCUUCAUUUAAAUUGGAGGCACAAGAACCUACUGUUACACUGACUGUGUCAACAGUCCAACAAUCCACACCUAAGUCUGAUCAAACUUCUGUUCCUCCCUCACAACCUCAAACUACAGACAUCGAAGCAGCAACAGAUUCAGCACUUGAAUCUCACAAAAUGUCUUCAACGUCUUCACAAUCUCCAUCUACCACUAAUCAGAUAACUAAUUCUUUGUCCACAUCCAAUUAUACAGAUGCAGAUUCUUCUCAGUCCAAAAACAUGCCAGUGGAGACCAUGGCUGAUAAUCAAGAAGGCCAACAUUCACCCAAGGAGGAGGUUGUAACUGAGGAAGAGGUUGUGACUAGGGAGACCGAGAAAAUGGAAAUAGACAGUGUUGCUGAGGAUGAUGCAGGAGAAAAAGACGGCAUCUUAUCUCAGCUAAAAAGAAGGAAAUCAGUUAGAUUGCCAAAGGAACAGACACCUGGUGCCUCAGGAGUUGCCUCAUCAAAUUCAGAUAUCGAGUCCCAUGAUGACCCUAAGAUUGAUGGACCUGAUAAGCCAUCAGAAGAGGAGUCAAGAAAGUAUAAAGAGACCAGAACUUCUGCCAAAAAACGAAGCAUCAGUAGGCAAAGCAGCCAGGAGUCAGUCCGUUCCUCUUCCCCAUCUUCUGUAUCCUCCUGUGGAACAAGAUCAUCCCAGUCCAAAAAGGCUGGAGAGAAUAGGAGGCCAGCUAAAAGGAAACAGGAAGAUAUAAAGUCUGAAAAAGAAAAAAAUGAAGAAGAGUCUGACAAAAAGCACCAGUCCAACUCUUCCUCUUCUUCUUCAGACUCUGAGGAAUUAAAUAGCAUAAAAAGAUGUUUGACAAGAUCGGCUCAAAAGAAGUUGGAGAAAGGUGGCGUGAUUGCUAAAAAUGAAGAGAGCAGUAAAAGACAACAGGGGAGUUCAGACAAGAAGGGUAAAACCACCAAUACCACAGAAGGGGAGUCCAGUGGUGAAACGUGUUCAAGAGGAGCCCGGAAAUCUGCAGGCCCACAACCCAAUACUGUAGCCUCCCCUGAACCUGAGGUACUGGGCAAACGCUGCUCAGCCCUUAAUGCUGCUGCCAAGCUCUUGGCAAUGAGGGGAAGAGGACCAGACACACCCAGCCCCAGAAGUAAGACUGCUGCACAACAAAGCAAACUGCUGUCCUUUGAAAAAAGCAGUAAACCCAAGGGUAAAACAGGACAGGACUCUCCCAAGAUGUCUAACAGUAAAGCAGGGAGUGGCAGGCAAACCCCCAAUCAGUCAAAUGAAUCACCACAGUCCUCUUCUUCUGCUCGAUCCACUCGGCAGCGACCGGGCAGCCUUGUUCCCCCCUUGGAAACAGAAAGGGUUAAAAAAGAAGAAAAGAAAAAGACAUCUGAUCAGAAGGAAGAAGGUGAAGAUGAAAAUAGAGAGACUAGGUCUUCAGGAGGCCAUAGUGCCUGCAGUAGUAUAAGUAGUGAAAGAGGAGCAGGCAGCAGUAGAAGUCGGAGUAGCAGCAGCAGCAACAGCAGCCAGCGCACCCACAGUUUGAGCUCACGGAGUACAGAGCCCACCCGCUCUCGUUCCAGGGCAGCAUCCUCUGGUAGUGAUACAGAGAGAGGCAAAAGUAUUUGGCAUAAGAGUGAUGGAGGCAGAGGCAGGGAGAGCAGGAAAGAGAAGAGGUCCCAGAAGCAGGACAAACUUGAAUUGAGUGCUGGAUCCAGCGACGGGACCCCGAACAGGGUUCUCAGGAGUGUAGCUGCAAUAGCAGCUGCUCAGGCACGUACUCCAGCUAGCAACACACGUUCUUCAUCCACCCAAAACCGGCACUCCAAGACGUGAUGGGUACAGAGAAAUUAUCUUUAGGUUUAGACAAGAACUAUUUUUUGGGAGGAAAGUGGGUCAAUUUCAUUUAAAGGCCAUGGUUUAGCUGUAUGAGACAAGACGGCGGAAAAAGAGAUCUUUUGCACAUUGUGAUUAGAUCUGACCUCGCCUUUGCCCUCUCCGCUAUCUUAAGUCAAGCCAUUUAUAAUGUGGAAAGGGUCUAUAGAUUCAGGACAAUGAUGAAGAUUUGGUCACCUAUUUAAAAAUAUGUCCUAAUAAUUUGAGUUAAAACCUGGAUAAUAUUUUACCCUACCACAAAGACUUUGGAGCUUCAAAGUAGCUGGGCAAGAGGCAAGAUUUAUUAUUUGUUCACACUAUGUACUGUAAUCAUAAAGACUGGAAGUACAAUGUGAAGUAUGUGUUAAAAGAUUGGUCGCAUAGAUUGUACACUUUUUACAAAGUUUACGAGUGCUGCAAACGGUAUUGAUGAGGAAGAAAUUAAUUAAUGCUACAUUGAAAUUAUUUAGUGGGGAUUGUACAAUUGUAAAGUUUUUAGACUGUUGCAUUCUGGAACAUUUGUCAGCUGUUUUGACAAUUUUUUUUCAAGUCAGUUGAUAAAUUAUGAAAAUAUCUUUAUCUUCCAGGGUAUGAAGAAGAGGGCAGGUCUAAAAAAUAAAAAAUUUAAAUAAAAAAUGUGAUUUUUUUUUUUCCCUCUGCACUAUGCAGGAGUUACUAUUUGCUUAGAUCACUUGUCCUUUGUAAUGUUUCAGUCCUUUACUUUAAAAUUCUGCUGCUGCCUGCUUUUCCCCAUUUGCACAUCUGAAAUGUCCCAGACAUUGGAGGAUUGCAUUGUUGGUUAGGGUUUUCUUUUCUUCAGAACAUCAACUUGUCAGUACAUCUUUACUGUUACCUUACUGCAUUUUGUAAGCUCUAAAGUAAGUGUAUCUCUUGAGCUUGUGAUGAAUCUUGAAAUUUGCUUGUCAUUUUGCUUUAUAUCAGUACAGAAAUGGGAGACAACAUCUUGCUAUUUUUCUUAUCUCUUUCCCAAAGUGUUAGUCAUUAUGAUCAUCUUUACACAUUAAAUUGUAUUCUCAAACACAGAAUCUAAAGGAGUUUGAUCAAAUGAGAGUGCCUGUUGAUCCACACAAGGAUCCAUGUUAACGUAUAGAAGUUUGGUCAUCUGUAGUGCUUUAAGUGUAAUAAGCUCUUCCACCCUUCUUUGUAACAACACAAUUUCUGUCUAUGUGCAACCAAAACUGAAAUCAGUUCUCCAGUGAAAUUUGCUACUGUCCGCUAUUUUUAUUUCUGGAGUAUUGGUCCUUUUUAUGAAUGGACCGAUGCUGGGCCGGUAGGAAACACCUGAAAGAGCUUAAGAGAAAUAUCUUAUUUUUUUGCUGAACAUUGGCAGUCAAGUGAGUUGCAAGAUAGCUUUCUUUGCCCUUUUUAGACAGAAAGAUGUGUGGGGGGUAUUUAGUAGAAUAUGGUGAUGGUCUUAUUUUUAUUUGUCUCUAUUCUAAUUUGUUACAUUCCUUAUGUUCCCUUGUAAUUCCACAUUGUUUUACUUGAAAGAUUGAAACAAAAAUGUAAGUUGAAUAAAAAGACCAAAAAUA